AUGCCUCGCUUUGAAGGCUGCUGCUCCCACGAUCACGACUGCGAAGAGGAGGACUGCAGCACAUCGUACUCACUGUACAAGAAUAUCGAUACACCCAGGGUGCGGUGUCUGAACGAGCUGGAGGAGGGAUCAUGCCAGGCAGUCUUCAAGCCCUGGCACGCCCGGCUAGACUCAUCAGGACCCAACCUCCGAAGUCAGGAGGACGACCCUGAGCUGCUGCUCUACGUCCCCUUUGACGGAGCGGUGUCCCUCAAAGCCAUCUGCGUGAUUGGCGCACCAGAUGGGAGGGGGCCUGCAAAGCUCAGGGUGAAUAGGAGGGUGUAUGUCAACAGAGAGGAUCUGGAUUUUGGGAUGGUGGCAGACCUGCAGCCCAUCCAGGAGUGGGAUCUCGUUGACAACACAGCCGGUGUUGUGGACUAUCCCACACAGGCCUCCAAAUUCAAUGGCGUGCAUAGUCUGACGCUGCACUUUCCAGAGACGCUGGGCGGGGGCGACGCCACCCAGAUCAACUUUGUGGGUUUCAAGGGCACCUGUGUGUCGCGGGAUCGGAGGGCUGUGGAGGCGGUGUACGAGACCAAGCCCAUGCCAUCGGAUCACAAGGUAGCCGACCUUGCUGGGGCAGCAUGGAGACUCGGGUAG